UCUCAUCACCUUGGUCUGGUCCUCUGAAAGGGAGCCCAGCCGGGUCAGAUCUGCCACAACCUGGCUCUCUGGCCCUGUGGAGGGCCUCGCAGUGGUGGAGAGGUGCUUGGUUCCCCCCUACAUUAACAUUGUUUCUCCCCUUCAGCAGCCAGCCAGCUCUGUGUCAGGGUCAGGGGGUGCAGAAAGUCAGGACAGAAUGAGGGAUAGCUCGGCCCCCAGCUCAGCCUCUUCAUCAGUGACAGAUCUGUACUGCACCCCUCACAGCAGUAGGUCAGACCUCUUCCUCCCUGGCACAGCCGGAGACUUCAGCCUGAGCGCCAGUCUGUCGGCCUGUACGCUGCUCUAUGAGGGGGCAGUGGAACCCAUGCAGAUUGAUGUCGACCCUCAAGAGGAUCAGCAGAAUGCACCAGACAUCAACUAUGUGGUGGAAAAUCCCACCCUGGACCUGGAACAGUAUGCAUCCAGUUACAGUGGGCUGAUGCGCAUUGAGCGGCUGCAGUUUAUCGCAGAUCACUGCCCGCAACUUCGGGUGGAGGCCCUGAAGAUGGCAUUGUCCUUUGUGCAGAGGACCUUCAAUGUGGAUGUUUAUGAAGAGAUACACCGGAAGCUCUCUGAAGCCACCAGAGAGCUACAGAGUGCUCCUGAUGCUGUCCCUGAGGGAGGGGUGGAGCCCCCACCCCUGGACACAGCCUGGGUGGAAGCCACAAGAAAGAAGGCACUGCUAAAACUGGAGAAGCUGGAUACAGACCUGAAGAACUACAAAGGAAACUCCAUUAAGGAGAGCAUCAGACGGGGGCAUGAUGACCUGGGUGACCAUUACCUCGACUGUGGGGAUCUCAGCAAUGCCCUCAAGUGUUACUCCCGGGCUCGGGACUAUUGCACCAGCGCCAAACAUGUCAUCAAUAUGUGCCUCAACGUAAUCAAGGUCAGUGUCUACUUGCAGAAUUGGUCCCAUGUCUUGAGCUAUGUCAGCAAAGCUGAGUCUACUCCUGAGAUUGCUGAGCAGCGAGGGGAAAGGGACAGCCAGACCCAGGCCAUUCUUACCAAGCUCAAGUGUGCAGCAGGCCUGGCUGAGUUGGCUGCUCGAAAGUAUAAGCAGGCAGCCAAGUGCUUUCUGUUAGCUUCAUUUGAUCACUGUGACUUCCCUGAGCUACUGUCUCCCAGUAACGUGGCUGUCUAUGGUGGUCUCUGUGCCUUGGCCACCUUUGAUCGACAAGAGCUACAGCGCAAUGUCAUCUCUAGCAGCUCCUUCAAAUUGUUCUUGGAGCUGGAACCGCAGGUUCGGGACAUCAUCUUCAAAUUCUAUGAAUCCAAAUACGCCUCGUGCCUGAAGAUGCUGGAUGAGAUGAAGGACAACUUGCUACUGGACAUGUAUUUGGCUCCCCAUGUCAGGACCCUCUAUACCCAGAUCCGAAACCGUGCCCUCAUCCAGUAUUUCAGUCCCUAUGUCUCUGCUGACAUGCGUAAGAUGGCCAUUGCCUUCAAUACAACCGUGGCUGCAUUAGAAGAUGAACUAACACAGCUCAUCCUUGAGGGGCUCAUCAAUGCUCGAAUUGACUCUCAUAGCAAGAUUCUGUAUGCCCGAGAUGUGGACCAGCGCAGCACCACCUUUGAGAAGUCACUGCUCAUGGGCAAAGAAUUCCAGCGCCGUGCCAAAGCAAUGAUUCUUCGGGCGGCUGUACUACGAAACCAGAUCCACGUCAAGUCUCCUCCUCGAGAAGGGAGCCAGGGUGAACUAACACCAGCCAACAGCCAGUCACGGAUGAGCACAAACAUGUGAUAGGGGUGUGACCCCCCUCCCCACCUGGACCCCAGGACUGUGUUUGAGUGUCCAUCCCCAACCCCAUGCUCCCCAGGUCUCUCUGGUUCCAGAUGCCCAGCCUGCUUCCUUCUCCAUGAGCCUGGGAGGCUUCAUCUUUCAAUGCAGGGGAUGCAUCCUUCCCAUUGGGCCCUGGGACUACCAGACUGCCAUUUCAGCGCCCACCUUGCCAGUAGAGUUGUAUCCCACAGAUAUAGUGGCAGGGGUUGUCAGGGGUCAGCUGGGGUUUGCCCUCCCCACACAAUGUUUUUCUUUGUCUCCCCCUGCACAGCUGGGAACUAGAAGGCUUGGUACCACUAGUUCCCCCAGCUAGCCUGCUGUGGGACACUGGGCUGCUGAAUUUCCUGGCUACUUUCAGGGCUGACAGUUUCAGGUGCCUGCCUGGCUACACAGAUUCCUGGUGACCCCAACCAUGGCUAUCCCCCUAUGCUAGGGGCUAGGGGAAAAGGUCGGGCUGGGCUACCUCUCCUGCUGCUGUUCUGGAGUGGGAAGAAGGGGGAGAGGCCUGGCUUGUGCUGGUAUUUGUUCCCAGUGAGCACAAUGAUGUGUGGCAGUACCUUCUACGCUGCCCACCCCUCCCCCCUAUCCCCAAACACGUUCUUGUUCGUUCAAUUUUUUUCCUGAGUUAGAAAUGAGUUGUUGAAUCUUUAGACCGUUAAAAGGCAGAAUAAAAACCUUCUCCUCGGUUA